UUUCGUGUUCUUUCUACCAACCACGCAGACACUUUCUGAUCGCUUAUAUUAUUUGUAACACCAGAUAUUUCAUGCCAAUGCGACUGAGAUCAUUUCAAAUCAAGUAUUAGAAAUAUUCAACUGGACAUAUCUGGAUAAUUUAUAUUUCUACUCCACAUUACAAAACUAACAAAAACAACAGCAACGAAACGACCGCCAGCAACAUAAACGACAAAGUAAAUGUAAGUUAGAUAUAUUCUUAACAAUUUUAUAAUGUCUGAAACAGAAGGUAAACUUCCAAAGGAUGAACCUCCAAAGGAUAAAUCUCCGGAUAAAUCUCCGGAUAAAUCUCCGGAUAAAUCUCCGGAUAAAUCUCCGGAUAGGGUUUUUCACGACGCUAUUCAUGGAUCCAUGCAAUUUUCACCAAUCUGUGUUGAUAUUAUUAAUACAGUACAAUUUCAGAGAUUACGUAAUAUCAAACAACUAGGUUUGUGUUAUUACGUUUAUCCAUCAGCUUCACAUAAUAGAUUUGAGCAUUGUCUGGGAACAUGUCAUCUAGCUGGGAAAAUGAUUCGCCAUCUUAAACAGCAAAAUCCCGAUCUGGAAAUAUCUGAUGAAGAUAUACUGUGUGUUGAAAUCGCUGGUUUGUGUCAUGAUUUAGGACAUGCGCCUUUUUCUCAUGUCUUUCAAGAAAUUAUCAACGAGUGUCGCAAUGGAGAUGAAAAGUGGGAACAUGAAGUUGCAUCAUGUGAAAUGUUGGAGCAUCUUUUUAAAAAGAACCCACAUAUAAAAGUUAAGCGUGAUGAAAUUGAAUUCAUAAAAGGUCUCAUUACUGGUAAACCAAUAAAAACUGAGGAACAAAAAUUUGAAAAAGAAAAAAAUGUUCUCAUUACUGGUGAAUCAAAAAAAACUGAGAAAAAAAAUUUAAGAAGAAAAAAACAAUUUUUUUACCAAAUCGUCAACAAUGCAGACUAUAACAUCGACGUUGAUAAAUGGGAUUACCUGGCCAGAGAUUCCCAUUUGCUUGGCAUUGGAACAUCCUUUGAUCACGAAAGAAUGCUGAAAAUGUCCAAAGUAAUAGAUGGUAAAAUAUGCUACAGAGACAAAACGCUUAAAAAUUUCUAUGAUAUGUUUUAUUCACGAUAUCGACUACAUAACACGGUUUACCAACACAAAACUGUUCUCCUGCUUAAUAAACUACUUGGCAAGGCUUUGAAAUCCGCAGAUGAACACCUGAAAAUUUUCAAAAGAGUCGAAAAUAUGGAGGAAUUUACUUAUUUUACAGAUAGUAUUUUGGAGGAGAUAUUAAAGAAUAAGGGCAAUCAAUCUCUCAAAGACUCGGAGAAAAAACUUGGAGACUAUAAUCAACCGGUCUUUUGAAUACAAAGGGACCGUCACAGACACAAUCACGGGCACAGUCACGGAUAUAUUCGAACUCGGAGAUACG